AUGUCCAUCGAAAACCUCAAGUCCUUCGACCCCUUCGCCGAAGCCGACGAAGAUACCGGCGAGACUAAACAGGCUCAGAGCUACAUUCACAUUCGAAUUCAGCAGCGCAAUGGCCGUAAGACUCUGACUACCGUUCAGGGUCUGCCCAAGAAGUUUGACCAGAAGAAGAUUCUCAAGGUCAUCAAGAAGCAGUUCGCUUGCAAUGGCACCAUCGUCCCUGAUUCUGAGAUGGGUGAGGUGAUUCAGUUGCAGGGUGACCAGAGAAAGGAUCUCCAGGAGUUCCUGACCUCCAAGGACGGUCUCGAGCUCAAGGCCGAUACCAUCAAGGUUCACGGUUUCUAA